GGAGAUCCAAUUUCGCUUGGUAUAAAAGAGCCAGAGGAAUCAAGCAGAGAGCAUAGUCAAGCAUCAGCUUCCCAAGAAAGCUUUACAACAAGUUAAUCUCUGAGCUUACACAGUUCUCUCUAUACGCAAAUACAACAAUGGCAUUCAAAUUCAUCGUUGCUCUUGCCUUUGUGGCCGUCGUCAGUGCUGUCGAAUACCAUCAUGGUGAUUACCAUCAUCAUCAGCCCGCCGUGUACCAUCAUCAGCCAGCCUUGGUGAAGCACCUCCAACCUGCUCUCGUUAAGCAUGUGGAAUACGAAGCUCCUGCCAAGUAUGACUUCUCAUACUCUGUGCACGAUGAGCACACCGGUGACAUCAAGCAGCAACACGAAUCCCGUGACGGUGAUGUUGUGCACGGUUCCUACAGCCUUUUGGAUGCUGAUGGCCACCACCGCGUUGUUGAGUACUCUGCUGACCACCACAAUGGCUUCAACGCCGUCGUUCGUCGUGAACCAACUGGACACCACCACGCCCAGCCUGUGCACAAGGUCCUUGCUGCUCCAGUCCACAAAGUCCUUGCUGCUCCAGUGACGCAUCACUACCAGCACGCCGCCCCAGUUGUUCACCAUCACCAGCAGCACUAUGCCGCUCCCGUCCACCACCACCACGCCGUCCCAGUAGCCAAAUUCGUGGCUCCAGUUCACCACGCCCCAGUCCACCAUGUCCCCACAUACCACCACGAGCCCCAUCAUUACGACAGCCACGUGAGCGUUCACGCUGCUGGUGUUCACUACCAUCACUAAAUUGAUAUCCUGUGUCAUCAACCACUCUGCCAUGUUGUACAUAUAGAGAAAAUGCGCUCUUGUAAAUAGAACAUUGUCAUUAUAUAAAAUAUAUAAAACAUUUAAGUAAA